UUUGAAGAAGUCUCCAUUCCAAAGGAGUGGCGUUCACGCGACGUUAUACAUUGCAGCCAUGGUGCCUUCUGCGAGGCAGCUAUUGUUGGUGCUAGUAACUUUCUUUAUACUCAUCGGUGUCGAAGGAAAUGUCAUCGAGAGAGGAAAAAUUCACUUCACUCAAGCAAAUGACGAUUAUCUUUGCCAGCAAGCUUCAUUUAGCAAAAGUUUUAAGAAGGGAACACCAGUGAGCGUAUUCGCAUCAGUGAACCGUGGAAAUGGAUCGUCCAGUGUCUACGAUUCUAUAUUUGUAUGGGUAGAAGAAGUGAGCAAUGUUCGUUUCAAAGCCUGUGUUGUUGAAGGGGGCCGAGGAGCAGGAGAUAACUUCACUAUCGACUGGUUUGCAUUUCAAGGUCCACAGACAGGAGCUGAACAUGGUGCAACGUUGUUCAGCAAAUUCACUACAGGGUCACAGUGCAACCGGGUGGCAUUUAAGAAUGUCUUCAAAACAACUCCUACAGUUCACGUCACUCCACACCACACCAAGAAAGGCCGGAAAUACGACGCAAUGCUGGUUUGGAUUGAAAAGGUUUCGCCGAGCGAAUUUGAAGUUUGUUUGCAAGAGUCAAGGGUAUUCGAUGGACUUCAUGAGGGACUCAAAGUGAACUGGAUGGCAUACGAGAAAUAUCCUUCAACUUGGAAAGGUAAAGAAUCAAAGAGCAUCCUAUUUUCCGCAAAGGAGUUGCCCUCAGCCCAAAACAAAUAUGCCCUAUGCAAGACGAUCAAAUAUGACGAGCCAUUCUUUAAACCACCUGUUGUGCUUGCAACUGUCUACAAUGCUGCCAAAGGUAACAAGUCGAAUGACGGAUGUGACAAUAAGGACAAAGAACCUCUACUUACCUGGAUGGAGGAGGUGACUAAGACUCACUUCCGAAUUUGUAUGAAAGACCACACAGCAUAUGGUCGCCAAAGAAGCGAUGUGGAAAUAGACUACUUCGUUAUUGGAGAUCUUGAUCCAUGUAGAGAUAUUAACUGCACUUACGAAAGCUUCUGUUACGCUUAUACUCCCUGGAAGUAUGCUUGCAUCUGCAAAGAUGAUUGCCCAUCAUACGAGGAACAGGUCUGUGCUUCAAAUGGUCGAACUUUCAAGAACAUGUGUUUCCUCAAGAAAAAAAUUUGCGAAACACGUGGAAAUUACACGAACUAUCACCCUGGGAGCUGCAGAGGUUUCCCAAUGCAGAAAGGAAGACACGAAUUCCAAAAUACACCUUCGUGGGCCGAAGAUCAGUGUGAUGUAAUCAAGUUUAAACCGUUCAUAUUCUAUCCUCAUAUGAAAAUAUACGUACAACUCACUGUUAACCACUUCAACUAUUCUGAUGACACGUUGGUACACGAAGCUACCACGCCUUGGGUCGAGAGCAUUAACACCACUCAGUUCACGGCCUGCGUUACGCGAGCCGGAAGGAAUGACUACCCCGCAGACAGCUUCGCUUUAAUAGACUGGGUGGCCUAUCAGGGAGCGCCACCUGGAGGAAUAGCAGGAGAGGAGAUGUUCUUAACUUGGUGGACUGGAACUAGCUGCAGAACAGUCACUUUUCCAAAUGGGAAGUAUUCUGAGCCACCGUCGAUCUUUGCAACAGCUGUGCAUUACAGAUCAAGUCUCAUGCACGAUGCUACCUCUGUGUGGCUUGAGGAUGUUUCUACAAAUUCUUUUAAGAUCUGCCUCAGGGAGCUUCAAAACUUUGCAGGAGUUCAUGAUGAUAUUUCAGUGAAUUGGUUGGCAUUUGGCAAAACACCAAGGCCAGUGUUCAAAGAGAGCAGCGUUGUCAGCUUUCCCAACUCUGGUUUGCCAUCAAUAAAAUACAACUACGCUUUCUGUAAGGAUGUGACCUACUCUCGAUCGGCUUAUACCUACCCACCAACGGUGCUGGUCACUUCCAAGCAUUCUACUGGUGGAGGAAAUGCUGCUGCGGAAUGCAAUGGAAUCGUAAGCUGGAUUGAGUCUAUCACAACGUCUGGAUUUCGAAUUUGUGUCAAAGAGCUCUACGUGCAACGGUUUGACCCUUUGAACGUCUCAUAUGCUGUGAUGGGAGACAGCAUUUGUGACGACGACUGGAAUUAUUUCAGAGGGUAUUGCUAUAGACAAGUGGCUGCAUGUGAUUCGUGGGGCAGCAGCCAAGGAAAAUGCGCCACGCAGGGAGCUAACCUUCCAAGCAUACACAGUCAGGAAGAAAACGUUUAUGUCCAGAGUCUGCAUGGCGGAGAGCACUCUUGGCUAGGGCUCACUGAUAUCAACUCAGAAGGGAAGUUCGUGUGGAGCGAUGGGAGCACAUUUAAAUUUAAGAACUGGGCGAAGGGCCAACCAAACAACUAUGGCAAUGAAGACUGUGUUCAUACUCUUGGCUUCCUCAAAAACCAUCACUACGAAUGGAAUGACGUGAACUGCACUGAUUGUCACAGAUUUACCUGCAAGAAAGAUUAUGAUGAAUGUAUCGACUAUAAUUAUCACUGUCCAGCAGAUUCUCAUUGCAUUAACAGUGAUGGCUCAUACACCUGCAAGUGUAAUAAGGGUUUCCGUUUGGAUGCCAACAAGGACUGUGAAGAUAUGGAUGAAUGCCGCUUGGGAACCUACACAUGCCAUGUCAAAGCUCGCUGCGAGAAUAUUCCUGGUACCUAUAGAUGUCGAUGUGCUCCAGGCUUAGCAGGAACCGGUAAAACCUGUGGUGCACCGAACGCCACCGUAAUAUCUUCUUGUACCAAUUUAACUGUAUGGCAGUCAGAUUCAACUGGCUAUAUCGAGUCCAAUGAUGCCCCUGUACCUGGUCAUGUGGAAACCUACAAAAGUGACAUGGACUGUACAUGGAAUAUAACCUCAAAUGGACAUAUUGAACUUGUUUUUAUUCGCUUAAAAACUGAGGAUAAGGUCGAUAUCGUCACUGUGUACGAUGGUGUAUCACGUUCUUCUCCUUUGAUUGGUACUUUAUUUGGAAACACUUUGCCCAAGCAAUCUUUGACAAGCACGUCCAACAACCUUUACGUGAGGUUUACGUCAGAUAUCUCGAAAGAAUUUGCAGGAUUUCGGGCUCGUUAUCGAGCAAUUACUGAUGGCAGCGUACGUAUAAAUAGCACCAGCCCAUCAACUGGAAGAGUAGAGGUUUUCUACGAUGGCAAAUGGGGGACCAUCUGCGAUGAUGCUUGGGACCUGAACGAUGCUCACGUGAUAUGCAGACAGCUUGGCUUCAAACAAGCCUUGCAAGCUUACAGAAGCGCUUAUCAUGGCCAAGGAAGCGGACCAAUUUGGCUUGACGAUUUGGCUUGCUCAGGGAGUGAGAAAAAUCUCCACGACUGCAGGCAUCGAGGAUGGGGAAAGCAUGACUGCACGCAUGGACGAGACGCCAGCGUGAAGUGUACAUAUGGCUCUUCCAUCAUUCGGCUAGCGGGUGGAUCCCACAAUUAUGGCCGCGUUGAAGUUUUAGUUGGAGGCCAAUGGGGCACUAUCUGUGAUCACACCUGGGACACCAAUGAUGCAAAGGUCGUCUGCCGUCAGCUCGGUUUCAAAGGUGCGACCUCUGCACCUCGAGGCGCAGCAUACGGACAAGGCUCCGGUCCCAUCCAAAGAAGCCAUGUCUAUUGCGAGGGGAACGAAGAAUCUUUGCUGGACUGCCCACACUGUCCAUCUCAUCAUUGCUGGCACUCUGAAGAUGCAAGUGUUGUUUGUCAUAAUUGAACGUUAACUGAUAUUAAGACACCUUCUAACACUGAGGUCAUGGAUGUCCUUUUACCUGUAAUAGUGGUUCAGGUCGGACUAAUUGUAGUAUUAGUUGUAAUAGCUGUAGUGGUAAAACUAUAUGUGAUUCGUCGUUUCCGUUCGGGUAGAAAGAAUUUCAUAGUUAAUAACAAACAUUACUGAAAACACAGCAGCUCUCCUCGAUAAUGAGAGCACAACUGUGUGGGAAGCUUGCAAUCAGCAUAUGGAUAAUAGCUAAAAACGAGAACAAAACGAGCCUUGACACGUGCCACUCGUGACGUUUCUGGGGAUUCAGUUCACUUUGAAAUGAAUAAAAAUUGGAAACCAAUUGGAAAAAAAAAAUCGCUAGUCGAUCACUCUUAGCUGCCUACAAACUCUUAUUUUGUU